AUGAGAGCUUUUAUUAUUCAUUCUCAACAAUUUUUGAUAAAAUAAUUAUAAGACAGAUUCCUGCAAAAAUUACUUUAUGAGUAUAACUAUGUAAGUAACAUUUGAUAUUUAAGUGCUUUGCUUUUGAAGAUAUAAAUCUAAAGCAAAAAUACAUGCAUUAGUCAUACCAAGAGAGAAUUUAGAUAGAUUGUCAAAUUGCAUAGAAUAGAAUAUUAAUCUUAUAGGAUUACUGAUGUUUUCUAUAAAUAGAGUUUCGAAAUAAAAACCAUUAGAAAGUUAUAGAAUUAUACUAAAUGA